AUGAACAGGCCUUUUAGGUGUCGUAGUGGCAAGUGCAUCCAGAAGCAAAGCCUCUGCGAUGGAACCUUCAAGGACUGCGAGGAAGGUGAAGACGAGGCCCUGCAGUACUGCGACAAGAUCCACGUGUGUCCUGAGAGUAAGCCCUUCAAGUGCGACUAUGGGAUUUGCAUUCAGGAGGAGAUGCUGUGCGACGGGUCCUACAACUGCCUCGAUGCUUCUGAUGAGCUUCUCUGCGGCAAGAAGAGCUGCCCGCCCUCUGUGGAGUUUGAACUGGGUGUCUUCAAGAAGGAGCUUCAGUCUCUGGAUGGAAAUGAUGGUGCACCUUUGAUGAACAUGGUUUGCAAUGGAGUUGUGGAUGGAUGCCAAGAUGGAGGGGAUGAGAAAAACUGCACAGCAAUACCCUGUCCUAUUGACCGCAGUUUUAAGUGCAAAAGCGGGCUGUGUAUUGACAGCUGGCUGGUUGCAAACAGGAACAACGACUGCCCAGACGGAAGUGAUGAAGAGAAUGCGGCCAACACAACUCCCUUGCCAUCCACCACAGCUCGCACAACCUCCACGACUGUUGGUGUUACGCAGCCUUCCUGCGCCAGUGACGAGUUCCUCUGUGACACUACUGGGGCUUGCAUAUCAAUGGACAAUGUGUGCGAUGGUCGCAGGAAGGGAAACUGUGCUGGCUGGAAGAGGAUGAGGAAGACUGUUAAGCGCAAAACCCUGCCCCCAGACCCGGAAUUCGCUGUAAUGACGGAAGGAACUUGUGUCGCUUAUGACACCAUUAUGUGA